CUCUGACAUCGUAUCAUGUGUCUGUAGUAGUUCAUAGGGGACUGAACGAACUUCAAAUUAAAUAGGUAUACCAGAUCAUUGCAAGCGUACUUUAAAAUGGGCCUCGGUGGGACAGCGAUGUUCGCUACGUUAGCGACGGUAGUAGCGGUAGUGGGUGCUUAUUUGUACCAAAAGAAGAAGAAGGAAAUCGUGCCAUGGACUUGGGAGGAAGUAGGAACGUUAAAAAAACUGCAUAUGUACCCCUUGAAGAGCGGACAUCGUUUGGAAUUGACUCAAGCUGAAUGCACUAAGGUCGGUUUGACGCAGUCUAAGGAAGGUGAUAACUCUUACCAGCUUAAAGACAGGAGUCUAGUCGUAUAUGCUGAAAAGGAUCACGAGUUUAGAACUGCGAGAACUUAUCCGAAAAUGGUACUGAUAGAUGUCGCUGUUCACGAUGCGGAUCAUCUAGCGAUAGAUACUCCAACCAUGAGGACCUUGUACGUCGAGAUACCAUCUAAGUCUAAUUCUAAAGAAGUAUCCAUUAAGUUGCACGCCAAUGAAGAAAUCUACUGCAUUGAUUGCGGCGACGAAGCAGCUUCAUGGUUCUCUAGGUACAUCCUAGGGAAGGACUCAGGGUUGCGUCUUGGAUAUCACGACGGUAGCUACAGAAGAGAUAUCAGGAAAGCGCAUAAAGUGGACGUGGAUUACUACAAGAAUUUAUCAAACAGUUCUACGGGUUUGUACUCAGAUUUAACCAGUAUCCUGCUCCUAAACCAAGCGUCUGUCAACGACUUAAACAAAAGGAUAGGUAAUUCCAGCGUAACCGUUUUAAAUUUUCGACCAAAUUUCGUGGUAGAUGGACCAGACCUGGCACCCUACGCUGAAGAUUCUUGGGAAUGGGUUAAAAUUGGCAAUGUUGUGCUUAGGAAUGUCAAAGAAUGCACCAGAUGCAUCAUGACGACCAUCAAUCCAGAAAAUGCAUCGCGCAGUUCCGACAUGGAACCACUGAAAACACUGAAAAAGUACAGACUUAGCAAUGGACCGAGUAAGGUCCCAAUUAUGGGGAUUCACUUGGAAGUCAAACGACCGGGCAGUAUUAAAGUAGGCGAUCCAGUAUACGUCGCAAAAAGUUUAGAAUGAAACCGGUGUUCAUCAUAACUGUACAUAUUAGUUAUUAAAAGCUUAUUAAUUUUAGGUGGAAAACUAACUUGAGGUAGCAGACAAGGUUGAUUAAUUUUUUCAUAGUCGCAAGGAGUGAAAUCUCUAAUAUGUCUGCUGGAAGACAAUUUUGUAUUUGAAAUCCUUACUCGUUGUCCACCUCAUUAAGUCAUAGCCACUAUUGUUACAUAUUUAUGUAUUUAGAUACUCUUCAAAGAAAUGUACAAUAAAAUUGUUUUAAUUCG